AUGACCUCACAUCCUGAAUUUGGGCAAAAUACUCCAGGCUCCGAGGUAGCCAAAGUGUUUUCCGGGCAAAUUCGUGGCAAGACAAUCUUGAUCACAGGUGUUAGUCCGAAAGGAAUCGGCCACACGACAGCGCUCGCCUUUGCGUCACAAGCGCCCGGUCUGCUGAUCCUCGCCUCUAGGACAAAGUCCCGCGUGCAGCAAGUCGUCGAUGAGAUCAACGAGAAACACCCCAGCACGCGGGUCGAGAUUGUAAUCCUGGAUCUGGGCUCGCAGAAAGCUAUCCGCGACGCCGUGGCAGAGGUCGGCAAGCUGACCGGCAGGCUCGACAUUCUUAUCAAUAAUGCCGGCAUCGUGGUGACGUCGCGGCAGGCGACGCCCGAGGGCAUUGAGCAGCAAUUUGGCACUAACCACAUUGGGCCGUUUCUCUUCACCAACCUGCUGCUGCCGCUUCUGCUCAGCGCGGCCAAAACGAAUCCGCCUGGGGCCACGCGCGUCGUCUCGCUCGCCAGCGCUGGCCACCGUCUCUCUCCGAUCCGCUUUUCCGACUACAACUUCGAGGGCAAGCCUGUGCCCCCCGAGGAGGACCAUUUCAAGCCUCUACCGGGCGCCUUUGCGGACACCACCCCCGACGGCUACAACGGCAUCGUCACGUAUGCGCAGUCCAAGACCGCCAACAUUCUAUUCACUCUGUAUCUGCAGAAACAUCUUCCGCAGCUGGGAAUCUCGCCAUACGUGUUGCACCCCGGAACCAUUGAAACGGACCUCAGCCGCAACCAAAGUGACAGACUCACUGCCCAGUUCUACAAGGUUGCACUGUACUGGAAGACGCCGGACGAGGGCUCUUCAACCACUUUGGUUGCUGCCCUCGACCCGGCUCUCAACGACAUUAAGGGGCUUUACUUAUCAGAUUGCCAGAUUGCAGACCCAGUCCCCCACGCCAAGGACCCCGUUGCUGCUGAAAAGCUGUGGAAGCUGAGUGAAGAGCUCGUGAACGAGAAGUUUUCGCUUGAGGCAUCAGAGUAG